AUGUUCUCCAGAUUCUCCAGUCUGAAGUGCAUAAGGCGUUGCCUGCAUACUCAAAUACCGCAACAUACUACCCGAAGUCGUGUGUCCUCAAGCCGACUUCGUGUUACAGUGGGAGCUUCCGUCGCAGUAGCUUCCUACAUUACAUGGCGACUGACCCAUGGCCAAAGAAUUGCACUCGACAGUGCAACGACACUCGACUCACCCAAAAACACGGUAGCUUUAGACGGUCCUUCCUCCGAAACAGCCAAGUCCGUACCGACAAAAAAACGAACGCGCUCUCGUUCGGAAGCUCCCAGGAAUUCAGAGCAGGAAGAAGCCGCAUCUACUGUUGUUGAAGGCGAAAAAUCUGAGGGUAAAUCAGAAGGGGAAGGUAGUACUGAAGCUGGAGGAGCUUUCAAUCCAGUGACCGGCGAAAUUAAUUGGGAUUGCCCUUGUCUGGGAGGAAUGGCGUAUGGUCCUUGCGGACAGGAGUUUAGAGAGGCAUUCUCUUGUUUCGUCUUCUCUGAGGAAGAGCCCAAGGGUAUCAACUGCGUCGAGAUGUUCAAAGCUAUGCAGACAUGUUUCAGACAACACCCAGAGCAUUACGCGGAUGAAAUAAUGGACGACGAAGAUGAGGAGCCGCCGAACUCGAGUCCGGACACGUCGGACACGAAAACAGAGAAUCCCAACUCUCCUACAGAUAGUUCUACAGCUCAGUCGCAGAGCUGA